AGAGCAUUCAGCCAAUCAGAACGGAGGAGGCGAAGCCAUGCGUAGUGCGGGCGGAAGUGUGAGAGGACGGCUUCGCGCCGGUAGAAAGCGGAAGACCCGCCCCCACACGCGGUAAGAAAUGGCGCGGCCCUGCCCUCAGUUAAAAUGGCGACUUCGGCUGUUGCAUGGAAAUGGACUCGGCGGGCCGCCAGGGAGGCUUCCUGCGUCGGACCGCAGAGCGAGUCGGGAAACGAUUUUAAACUUCGUGGGCGGCUGAGCGCCGAUUUGCCGCUUUCCGAAGGCGGGAUUUCAGAGCUGGCCCUCGGCCCCCUAGGAGCCUGGAGCUUAGGUGGAGAGGGGCGAGCUGGGACCCACUGCCCUCGGCCCUUCCCUCUCGGCGGACAGGAGCCGGCUCCGCUGGAGUGCGGGUGGCCGGGCUGCGUGGCUUGGUCAGGGUAAGGGACCUCCCCGGCGUGAAGUCGCAGGGCCGAGGUCUCCUGGGCGCGACGCAGUGUCGGAGCUGGUCUGCAGGAAUGAUUGCUGAAUCCGGAAUGGGUGACAGCGUGGACACGGCAUUCUAUUGACCAUGGAUCCUUAUGAUGCACCAGAAUCCACUCCUAGGCAGCACCCAUCCUGCAGUCUCAAAGAGUACUUUCUAGCAGCCACCCCGCUGCAGAGACGGCUGGAGUCGGUCAGGAAGCAGGCCACUUCAUUUGUCCCAACUCCGCCCCGAAGGAGGAUUCCCCAGCGCUCACAGCUGCAGGAAGAUGUUGAUCCUCAAAAGGUUGCAUUCCUUCUGCAUAAACAGUGGACUUUAUAUAGUUUAACUCCCCUAUACAAAUUUUCCUAUACUAAUCUCAAGGAGUACUCUAGACUUCUGAGUGCGUUUAUUACUGCUGAAAAGCAAAAAGGACUUGCUGUGGAAGUAGGAGAAGACUGCAACAUCAAAGUGGUUUUCUCUACUCUCCUCGGAGUGAAAGGAACGCAAAGCGACCCGGAAGCAGUUCUCGUCCAGAUUCUGUCAAAACCUCAGCUGCCAUCUGAGGACAGAGAAGCAAAGGCGUUGUGGACCGGUUGGUUCUGCUGUGUGUUUGGAGAUGGUCUUCUAGAAACAGUUUCGGAAGAUUUCACCUGUUUACCCUUAUUCCUUGCAAAUGGAGCAGAGUCUAAUACAGCCAUAAUCGGAACCUGGUUUCAGAAAACUUUUGACUGUUACUUCAGUCCUUUAGCGAUCAAUGCAUUUAAUCUUUCCUGGAUGGCUGCUAUGUGGACUGCAUGCAAAAUGGACCGUUAUGUGGCUGCCACUGAGUUUCUGUGGUCUGUACCCUGCAGCCCUCAAAGCCUGGACAUUUCUUAUGCGAUACAUCCAGAGGAUGCAAAAGCUUUGUGGGACAGUGUCCACAGAACACCUGGGGAGGUUACCCAGGAGGAAGUUGACUUGUUCAUGGACUGUCUCUCUUCACAUUUUUAUAGACAUUUCAGAAUUCACUUAUCAGCCACAAGAUUGGUUCGUGUUUCAACAUCUGUAGCUUCAGCACAUACUGAUGGAAAGAUAAAGAUUAUUUGUCAUAAAUACCUUAUUGGUGUGUUGGCAUAUUUGACAGAACUGGCAAUUUUUCAAAUUGAGUGAGGUCUUCUAUGGACUGCAAGAUGUGGAUUAUGUACCCUUUUCUAGUUGAUUAUUUGCCUAGCUGCUAAGCUGAGAGGGACGCAGGAGAAAUGGUAUCUAUUUCUGUGUUUUCCUCACAGUGCUUUGGAGUUGCCCAGAUGGAAGCCAAGAAGAAUCUAGAACAGAGAACGCCAUGGCUGAGCCACAGCUGUGUACUCCUGUGUGGAUCAUGAACCAGGGUGCCAGUCUCUAGGGAGAUGCUGAGUUGUUCAGUUCUGUCAUCUUUUAAAAAAAGGAUUCAAGUGAGGUAUAUCUGAUACUGGCUAUUUCUGAUUUGGGUCUUCAAAACCUUUAACACAUUUUAAACAUUUUAGACUUGCAUUCAUAGAGAAUUUGUGUCUUCUAAAGACAUUUUCCUAGCAGGUGUUUCGCCAUAGAGAGAAAUGGCAAUGAAAAUCCCCUCAAAAGUAAACUAAAAAGUAAUAUGCAUCUCUUUAGCCACUACUGUGCUUCUGUUUUUAAUACUGUUCAAUUCCUACUGCAAUGUUAAAUUAAAUAUUCGCUUUUAAAAUGAA